AUGGAUGAGAAAUGGAUUGUGUCUUUGAAGGAGCUGAAGAAAGUUGGCGGCAUAGCAGCGCCAAUGGUUGCAGUCACGGUGUUGCUGCAGCUUUUGCAUGUUGUGUCAGUAAUGAUGGUUGGGCAUCUCGAUGAACUUUCACUUUCCGGAGUAUCCAUAGCCACUUCUUUCGCAAUUGUUACUGGCUUCUGUUUCCUGUUUGGAAUGGCUGGUGCAUUGGAAACUCUAUGUGGACAAGCAUAUGGAGCAGAGCAAUAUCAGAAGCUUGGAACAUAUACUUAUUGCGCCAUCAUCAAUCUUAUACUUGUUUGUAUUCCCAUAUCUAUCCUUUGGGCUUUCACGGAGAAAAUACUGAUCCUCAUCGGCCAAGACCCUUCAAUCUCACAUGUGGCUUACAAAUACGCACUUACUCUCAUCCCUGCCCUAUUUGCAUAUGCUAUACUUCAAGCAUUAAUUCGAUAUUUCCAGACCCAAACUUUGAUUCUUCCCAUGUUGUUUAGUUCACUUGCAGCUUUUUGUUUUCACAUACUUUUCUGUUGGACACUAGUAUUCAAAUCGGGGUUGGGCACCAUUGGAGCAGCAGUUUCACUCGGUUCAUCUUAUUGGUUGAAUGUGAUAUUGCUUGGGUUUUAUAUGAAAUAUUCCUCAAAAUGUGAUAAAACUCGUGCCGCAUUCUCCAAAGAAGUCUUACAGGGCGCCAGGGUUUUUUUCCGCUUUGCUGUUCCGUCAGCUGCAAUGGUUUGCCUUGAAUGGUGGGCAUCUGAGGUUCUAAUUUUUCUGUCUGGACUUCUACAAAAUCCUAAACUGGAGGCUUCAGUGCUUUCUAUAUGCUUUCAAAUUACUUAUUUGCACUAUUUCAUACCUUAUGGUAUUGGAGCAACUACAAGCACUCGAGUUGCAAAUGAAUUGGGUGCUGGCAACCCACAAGCAGCCAAAUUGGCCGUCUGGAUGGUAAUGGUUAUUGCAGUGGUGGAGGCAGUUAUUGUAAGCACAACUCUCUUCUUUUGUCGCCACAUAUUGGGAUAUGCAUUCAGCAGCGAAAAUGAAGUAGUGAAUAAUGUGGCAGAUAUGGUUCCCAUUAUGUGUAUUUCAGUAGUUCUGGACGGCUUACAAGCAGUGCUUUCAGGAGUCGCUAGAGGAUGUGGGUGGCAGAAUACUGCAGCCUUUGUGAACCUAGGGGCAUAUUAUCUAGUUGGAGCCCCAUUGGGUGCCGUACUGGCUUUUGUUCUACAUUUCAAAGUAAAGGGCCUCUUGAUUGGAUUGAUAACUGGGACUGCUUUUCAAGUAAUUAUACUAGGCACCAUAACACUCUUCAUAGAUUGGCAGAAACAGGUAUCAAAGGCCAGGAAAAUGAUGAUGCUUGAGGAAGACGCAAAAGACGAGACUGAAUUGACCGUCGGAACCACAUCGGCUUGAGUGGGAGCAAUUGGUGCAACUAAUCAUAAAAAAAUAUUGGAACCAACUCUGCCGUUCCAAAAUUGUGUUUUAAAUUUCUACAGGUUAAAAGGAAAUAACUACUAUGUCUC